GGUACAGGGGGUCUUCCUGGCGAGGAAAAGAGGUGUCUGUGACGGGCUGUCCGGUAAGGUGAAAAAUUCUGAUUGAAAGCCCGAGCUGUGCUGACGGCGUGGCGGGUGCUCGUAGGGCGAAGGAGGUGCUGCUUUUGUCAGUUUUGGUUUCGAAGGUGACACUCGUACGCGCUUCCACCUGAGACGCGGCCGGCAGCGCCCGCCGGGGCACAGCAUCAGAACGUGGGUUCGGUACCGGCAGCCUCGGGUGUCCUCGUCUUGGGUGGAGCCCAAGAGUGUCGCAGACAGUAUUUAAAAAAACUGCUCUAAAAGGUAGGACGUAGUGAGGUUUUAAAAGGUAAUUUAGCAUUAAGCGAUGAAACUGAAAAGUUCUCAUCACGAGGAGGAAUGUUACUAGACUGAUUGGUCUAUGACAUUUGACCUAAAUCCCAAGAAUAUCCAGCUUCUCAUCAUCACAAUUAUUUUUUUGCCUAUUGAUGCUUUGUGCUUUGACGGUAACUUUGGUAAAAAAGUGCUGUUGACGUUUUGUGUGAACAUAAAGUGGAGUAUUAUUUCUGUGACACGUGCUAUGUGUUGUUGGGCCAUUAUCAUAAUGCAGCAUGUUACUGUGUAAUUUCAUUCAAAUAAGUGAAUGUGAGUGCCUGUAAGCAUUUGGGGAAUAAGACUUAAGAGACAGGGGAUCAUCUGUUGUUUCAACUUCCUGUUUUAAAAACACUCAAAAUCUUUGCUUAAGAGUAACACUUUAAAGGAAAUACAGAUUGUAAUUAUUUUUAAAAGUAGUUUUAAAGUGCUGAUCAUAUUUGACGUUUUGUGCUUCAGAAGUUCUCUUUUCACUUACUCUGUUCAGAGAGAAAAGUGGAUGAAUUCUUUGCCUUGACACCUCGUGUCUUACAUUCUGAGGUGCUACACCACCACUGUCAAGCUCACAGAACAGAGCUGAAAAUAUAGCACUUUGAUUUUAUUGACAUCUGGAGUCUCUGUGCUAUGUACUGUGUAAUAUCAACUUUUGCAAUAGUGUUUCAGUCAAAGCAGUUCUAUUCUUUCUGAAAAGAAUGUAGCUGCCCCUUCUAGGAAAGCAUUAACAGAGACGUCAUUCUACGAUAUCCUGUCUGCAGUGUUUUGUAAUCUACAGAAAUGACUACAGUUUAACUGAGAAAAUGAAAGAUGAUAAAGCAGCCUGUAACCAUCCAGAAGCAGAUGCUCUGUUCUGCAAACUCUAUCUGGCUCAAGAAUUUAGCUAACAGUUAUGCUGAAAUAUUAUUGUCAGGAUCUGCCGCAGUUUGCGGAGAUUUCAAGGAAUCUCAGUGCUGAAAUCUGUGCAAAUAACUUAAUCUGAAAUACUUCUUUCCACCCUUUGUAAGGAGAGAAAUAUCAGUCAGUGGUAGUCAUCGAAAAAUGGAGUCAUUUUCUCAUGCAAGAAAUGAAUAUGCUGGCUAGAGGUCUUAAAAUGGCAGGAGAAGAUUCCUAUAUUAUGGGAGUAUCUGAUCCCCAAAUGUUUGCAAUGGAUCAGUUCAUGGGAAUGAAUGCAUUAUUUAAUAGCACAAAUUACAUCACUUCAGACUUGCCGAUACGAACAGCAGAUGGACCAUAUCUUCAAAUCAUAGAACAGCCAAAACAGAGGGGGUUUCGUUUCCGAUACGUGUGUGAAGGACCUUCACACGGCGGAUUACCUGGUGCUUCUAGUGAAAAGAACAAAAAAUCUUACCCUCAGGUCAAAAUCUGCAAUUAUGUUGGACCUGCAAAAGUAAUUGUCCAGUUAGUAACUAAUGGGAAAUACGUCCACUUACAUGCUCACAGCUUGGUGGGUAAAUUUUGUGAAGAUGGCGUGUGCACAGUUAAUGCAGGACCUAAAGAUAUGGUUGUAGGGUUUGCAAAUCUUGGAAUACUUCAUGUCACGAAGAAGAAAGUGUUUGAAACCCUGGAAACACGCAUGAUAGAUGCUUGCAAGAAGGGAUACAACCCGGGACUCCUGGUGCAUCCUGAACUCGGCUACCUGCAGGCAGAAGGAUGUGGAGACAGACAGCUAACUGAGCGAGAGAGAGAAAUUAUCCGCCAGGCAGCGAUACAGCAGACUAAAGAAAUGGAUCUCAGUGUCGUGCGUCUCAUGUUUACAGCCUUUCUUCCCGACAGUAAUGGCAGUUUCACACGGAAACUUGAUCCUGUUAUAUCAGAUGCGAUAUAUGACAGCAAAGCUCCCAAUGCCUCCAACUUAAAAAUCGUAAGAAUGGACAGAACAGCAGGGUGUGUGACAGGAGGGGAGGAGAUUUACCUUCUCUGUGACAAGGUUCAGAAAGACGAUAUUCAAAUACGUUUCUAUGAAGAGGAUGAGAAUGGUGGUAUGUGGGAAGGCUUUGGAGAUUUUUCUCCUACAGAUGUACAUAGACAGUUUGCUAUUGUGUUCAAAACCCCCAAGUAUCGCGAUGUCAAUAUCACAAAGCCGGCGUCUGUGUUUGUGCAGCUGCGUAGGAAAUCGGAUCUGGAAACAAGCGAACCAAAGCCUUUCCUCUACUACCCGGAAAUUAAAGAUAAAGAAGAAGUGCAAAGGAAACGACAGAAGCUCAUGCCUAACUUCUCUGAUGGCUAUGGUGGAGGCAGUGGCACCGGAGGUGGUGGCAUGUAUGGAGGGGGAGGUGGCGGUGCUGGCUCUGGGUUCAGUUAUCCUUCAUAUGGAUACUCUGCUUUUGGAGGGAUGCAUUUCCACCCCGGCACAACAAAGUCCAAUGCUGGAAUGAAACAUGAAGGACUAUCAAAUAGCCCAGCUGAACAAAGCAGGAAGAGCUCUGAUAAACAAAGUGAUAAACUGGACCCGAAACAUGAUGUGAAGGUGGAGAGGACUGCGUGCAGAAUGUCUGCUGAUAAUGAGGAAAAAGAGGGUGCUGCUUCUUCCUGUAAAACUGAAGUAAACGAAGCAGAGUUCAGGUGGCAGGAUUCUGUGUUCCUGGAGAAGGCCAUGCAGCUCGCCAAGCGUCACUGCAACGCUCUCUUUGAUUAUGCCGUGACCGGAGAUGUGAAGAUGCUGUUGUCUGCUCAGCGCCAUCUCACUGCUGUCCAGGAUGAUAAUGGAGACAAUGUCCUUCAUUUAGCAAUUAUCCACUUUCAUACUGAGCUGGUGAGAAACCUCUUGGAAGUGAUGCCGGACUUGAAUUACAAUGACAUCAUUAACAUGAGAAAUGACCUUUAUCAGACCCCCUUGCACCUGGCAGUAAUCACAAAGCAGGCAGAGGUGGUAGAAGACUUGCUGAGGGCUGGAGCAGAUGUCAGCCUCCUGGAUCGCCACGGUAACUCUGUCUUACAUUUAGCUGCUACCCAAGGAGACGACAAGAUCUUGAGUCUGCUCCUCAAGCAUGAGAAGGUAUCUCCGAUGGUCAACCUUUCCAAUGCUGAAGGUCUCAGUGCAAUUCACAUGGUGGUGAUGGCAAACAGUAUGUCCUGCCUCAAACAACUGAUUGCUGCUGGAGUUAAUGUCAAUUCUCAGGAACAAAAGUCUGGACGGACUGCAUUGCAUUUGGCUGUUGAACAAGAGAACAUCCCUUUGGCAGGCUGCCUUUUGCUUGAGGGUGAUGCAGAUGUGGACAGCACUACAUAUGACGGGACAACUCCACUUCACAUAGCAGCUGGAAGGGGCUCUGCAAAAUUGACAGCAGUUCUCAAAGCGGCAGGUGCAAAUCCUCACAUUGAGAACUUUGAGCCAUUGUUUGAUCUAGAUGAUGUGAAAGAUGCUGAAGAUGAUGAUGAAGGGAUUGUGCCUGGAACAACACCGCUGGAUAUGGCAGCCAACUGUGAGGUGUAUGACAUACUAAAUGGCAAACCCUACGAGUCAACAGAGGUUUCGGAGGACCUGCUGACACGAGGAAACUUGAGAGAGCUGAAUGAAAGUUCCAAGAUGCAGCUUUACAAACUAUUGGAAUCACCUGAUCCAACCAAAAACUGGUCCACUCUAGCAGAAAAACUGGGUCUUGGCAUACUUAAUAAUGCCUUCAGGUUGAGCCCUUCUCCAUCGAAAACUCUGCUAGAUAACUAUGAGGUUUCUGGUGGUACAGUUCAGGAGUUGAUCGCUGCUUUGAGACAGAUGAAUCACACAGAAGCCAUUGAAGUAAUUCAGGAAGCACUAUCCACCUCACACAGCCCAUCUCACCUGGAGAAGAGUACAGCAAAGGCUCUUCCAUCGUCAUCACCACUAACCUUUGCAAACGGAGAGACAGGUGAGCUUUAUAACAGCAAAUUUCAAGACAACGAAAGCACGUGUGACAGCGGCGUGGAGACCUCGUUCCGCAAACUGAGUUUUACUUAUUCAGACUCUCUGAACAGCAAGUCAUCACUAACACUGAGCAAAAUGGCCCUGGGCUACCGACAUGAAGGUUCAGUGCAAAGCAAUUAUAUAGCCGAAUAGUAAUGUUCAGUUAGCAAUAUGCAGUUACAGGAACAAAUGCAACAUUUAAAAUUAUAUCAGUGUCGUCCUGGUCAGAGGGAAGUGAAUUCACAACCCAAAGUGCACUGGAAGAAUCCCACCCGAACCAGGACCAAGGGCAACUUCAGCGUGCAACUCCUAGACACUGCUUCCUUCCUCAAGUACAUUUGAUUUUAUUAAUUUACAAGCCAUAUACAAUAACCAGGGCUCUACUGCCACAUUAAUACACAGGACUGGACGCUGUGAAAGACUGACUGAGCUUUUCUGGUUUGUGAGGAUUUUCUUUUACAGAUGAAAGUCACUCCUUGUUAAAGCAUAAUAUGAACUCAAAAAAGAGGUAAGGCACACAGAGCAAUCAAAGGAUACAGUUUCUAGCUGCUCUCUUCAUAAUUUUUGCAGGAGAAUUGCACAAAAAAAGCUCCUAAUAUAGCUGGCAAAGAAAAAUCAUUAAUCAUAACAGUGACAAUUCAGAGAAAAAAGAAAAUCCUAAAAAAAAAAAAAAUCUUGUAUAUUUCAAAUAAUGUAUUUAAAUUUCACUUGGAUGCCUCUUAUUCAAAAUUUUUUUCAAGUUUGGCAUUUUCCUACUUGUAAAUAGGUUUUUUAUAUCUGUUCCUGUUUGAAAAAGUGGGCUUUUUAAAUGCUUAUUUUUAUUUUACUUUUAUAAUAAAACUCCAAAAUUAAUUCUCUUGUC